GAAGUUCAAGUUGUAUUUACAGUCGCAACUCGCAAUUGGCGAUGUCAUUUGCAUCACCGAUUAUUAUUAGAAUGAAGAAAUGAACAGGCAGGCCUAUUGUACGUGUGCUUCAGGCCAAAGCAUCCUACACAAUUAUCUCUUACUGCUAAUUAAUUUCGACUGAUACAUGUAUUUUCGGCAAUUUUCUACUUGAAUCAUGGCCAUGAUCUUGACGGUUCUUGGGUACGUUGCCCUUCUUAUCCUCGGCAUAAUUGGAGUUGUACUAGCUCUAGUGUCGGCCGCCAUUCUCCGGACUGAAUACAACCUGAGAGAUGUGCCAACUGCAAAAAACAAGAGUUUCUUUCUGGGAGAUAUCAAAUAUUUAGGAAACUUUAAGGAAAAGGUUGAUGUACCUCUGGCAAACGUCCUAUUUUUGAUGGCAAAGCAGCUUGGACCGGUCUAUUACUUAAGGAUCUUUUGGAAACCACAUUUCAUCGCGUCAGCACCCGAAAUUGUGAAGGAACUGCUCCUGAACAGCAAACAUACCAAACCUCAAGAAGUUUAUCGUGGCUUCCAGAAGUUGUAUGGUCAACGAUUCAUGGGCCAUGGACUGGUGUCAGAGGUCGAUCACGAGAAGUGGUUUCACAGGAGGGCUAUCAUGAAUCCCGCCUUCAGACGAAAGUAUCUUAUGAGUCUUGUGGAUGAAUUCAACGCAGGAUCAGAGGCUCUUUGUCAGCAGCUAAAGGAGAAGGCUGAUGGUAAAACAGAAGUCCUCAUGUUAGACGAACUCAACAAGGUGACAUUAGAUGUCAUUGCAAAGAUUGCAUUCAGCAUGGAGACCAAUGCUGUUGGAGAUCCAAGUUGUCCCUUCCCCUCUGCUAUUACAACUGCACUUCGGGGCAUGCAGAAGUUUCAUGAUAGACCCUGGUCUACAGUCGAUCCAUGGUCUACUUCCAUGCGACGCGGCACUCGCGAAGCCAUUAGUCUCGUCAGGGAAACUGGACGAGAACAGAUCCAGGAACGCAUUCAAGCUCGUAAAAGAGGAGACCAUGUUCCCAACGAUCUCCUGAACCUCAUCCUCGAUAUAGCCAAAGACCUGGAGAGAGACAACGACUUCCAAAUGGAGAAUAUGCUGGAUGAAUUCGUCACCCUGUUUAUAGCAGGUCAAGAAACAACGAGCAACCUCUUGGCUUUCACAUUUGUACAACUUGGACGUUACCCUGAAGUUGCUAAAAGGUUACAAGCAGAGGUUGAUGAGGUUCUGGGACAAAAACAUACAAUCCAAUACGAAGAUUUGGCCAAACUUGAAUACAUGAUGAGGGUUCUGAAGGAAACCCUUAGGUUGUACACACCUGUUGGAGGUACUACUCGAGUUACUGCUCAUCCAAUUACAUACAAAGGCAUCACAAUACCAGCCAAGGCCAAUGUUACCGUUAUGUCUGUCAUAAUGUCUAGAAUGGAGGAAUAUUUUGAUGACCCUCUUCUCUUUAAUCCUGAUCGAUUCAAACCAUCAGAAGACGGAUCGCUACCUAGACAUCUCUAUGCUUACUUUCCAUUUUCUAUGGGACAACGCUCGUGUAUUGGUCAACAGUUUGCUCUGAUCGAAUCCCGUAUCAUCUUGGCUAAGCUCCUCCAACGAUUUACAUUCCGACUUGACCAGUCACAAAGCUUUGGCAUCUUGGACGAACUAACAGCUAAACCCAUGGGAAGAUGCAUGAAUUACAUCACACUAAGGGUCUAGAUUCACAGUAGAUACACCAUUUUAAAUUAUUUGUGGCCCUACUCCCUACAUAGGGGGCACUGCAAAAAAAAACAUUUUCAAUCAAUUGCAAAUUUCUAUUUCCAAUUUAAAACUGAAAUAUCAACUUUUUAGAUAUAUCUUUACUAAGACAAAUAGAGGGCUAUUAGCAUGGUCUCGCAUCGUGAAACUUCAUUUCCAAUAACAAAAUAUGUUAACAGCUAUUAAAAAUUGUUGAAUUUCAUUGGCUACAAAAAUGCAAAAAUGUGGUGUAAAACUGCACUACUGGGUGUUGAUAGAUUACCACACCAAUUACUUUACACUAAUGUGGAAGUAAGUGUUAGUUAAAGGACAAGUCCAUCCCAACAAACAGUUGAUUUGAAUAAAAAGAGAGAAACAAACAUAACACUGAAAAUUUCAUCAAAAUCGGAUGUAAAAUAAGAAAGUUAUGACAUUUUAAAGUUUCGCUUAAUUUCAAAAAAAUAGUUAUAUGCACAUCCUGGUCGGUAUGCAAAUGAGGAGACUGAUGACGUCAUCCACUCACUAUUUCUUUUGUAUUUUAUUAUGUGACAUAUGAAAUAUUCUAAUUUCCUCCCCAUUGUCAAAUGAAACAAAGAUUAAUUCCUCCCUGAACGUGUGGAAUUAACAUUGUUUAAUACUAUAUGGUUCAGUCAAGUUGGUCCUUAUUGUCAAAUCUAUAAAAAAUGAAAUAUUGUAUAAUUCAAACAAUAAAAAACAAAAGAAAUAUAGUGAGUGAUGGACAUCAUCGACUCACUCACUUAAUUGUGCAUAUCACUGUUUUGUGAAAAAUAAGCGAAACUUUAAAAUGUCAUAACUUUCUUAUUUUACAUCAGAUUUUGAUGAAAUUUUCAGCACUAUGCUAGCUUGAUUUUUCUCUAUUUAUCCAAGUCAGCAUUUACCUGGGGUGGACUUGACCUUUAAAUAACCAUGUGUGGUAUCAUAACAAAUAUAUUUUCAUAUGGACACUACUUGGUGUUAUAAUGAAACUCCGUGGUGUAGCUUAUUUUAAAACCCGAGAGUCUGGAUCUCUUUAAUACACAGCAAAUGUUUUGGGUUUAGUUUUUCUUUCUUUUUUUUAAACCGUAGUGUUUUACAGUGUAAUAGUUUGCAUUUGUUAAUGAUGGCGAUAAUUAGUUUUUGCUCAGCGACGUACAAAGGAUCCAGGAACAGAGUAAACGGGUGAUUCCAUAUACGUGUCGUACGGGACAUUUAUAUAAAUUAUUAUACAAUCGGGAGCAAUAUGUUAUCAUUUUUUUCAUGAUGGGAAAUGUACAAGGGUUUACAGCAUUUUUACGAGCUGAAAAACUUGAGGUUUUGUGUGAGGUUAUAUUUUAGUGAAUUCAUUGAUGAUUUCCAAUACACUAUUUAAACAAUGAAUGAAUAAAACUGUUUGUGUAAAUUAUGGGGCUAAAAUGUUAUAAUUUUUCAUAUAAAAUGUAUAUAUACAUGAUUUAUGUCACAACUGUCACUUGUAAUUCCACAAUAUACUUUUUUUCUAAAAAAUAAAGAAAUGCGGUUCUACUUUUUCAAACCUUUCUGCAUUUCAUGAAACCAUUGUGAUUUGUCUUAUUUUCCAGAUUUUUUUUUUAAUAACAUGGUUUGUCUUAUUUUCCAGAUUUUUUUACAACUUGAAAAAAGUAAGGAGUUUCAAUACUGUAUAAAAAAAAAUUAGUGAUCAUCAAGGGAAGUCCAAAUAGAUGAUUGAUAUGUAAUUUUUUUUACAUCUUAUGAUAAUUCCACAUUAGCAUGCAAGAAUAAGUCAUCUUCCAGGCUAGGGUGAAUCAAUUAUAAAGGUUUUCUUUUUAUGCUCAAUGACAAAGAAAUUAACCUGCUCUGACCAGUGAAAAUCACCAGUUUAGCUGAAGGGAUUCACAAAAGAAUACGCCUCGUGAAAUCAAUUAAAAUGGUUAGAAUCUCUUAUUUCAUGUUCUAUGGAGAUAAAAAAGUACUUUUUCAGUUCACUUUAUGUCAAAUCAAUUACUUGAAUUAAAAUAGGCCUACUAUUUAUAGUUUCUGAAUCAAAAUCCUGCAAUUAAAUGCAUUAUAUAUUGUGUGUCGUAUGGGACAGCUUUAAUAGGACAAUUAUUGAAAAAUGAAGGGCAGUAAUUAGAUUCUUAUGGGAUAAAUCGAUCACCCAUGGGUCAAAGAAAGAGAAACUUAUAUUGUGAAAUUGCAUCAUCAAAAAUAGAAUCGUAAGAAAAACUUUUGCACUUUCAUGUGUCGUACGGGACAAUGCCAAAAAUAUGUUCGGAAAAGUCAGGGCUGCCCGUAUUAUAAAUCAUGAAAAUGUUGUAGAUAUUAUUUGGAACCAUCAAUAAUACAUUAUUCCGUUGACCUGCAAUUUUUUCAAUCUUCUCGUGCUUUGCCAAUAAUUGUUUCAGGCAGUGUUUGUACUUGACUAUUUAAUUUGCAAAAUUAUUGAAAAUUGUAAAUUCCAUUGUUCCCCCCCCCCC